AUGCUACUCGUCGGUCUCACCGGGGGGAUCGCGUGCGGAAAGUCGACCGUUUCAUUACUGCUGAAAGAAAGUCAUCACAUUGUUGUCGUAGACUCGGACCUUGUAGUGCGUGAGCUACAACGCCCAUUCAUGCCGUGCACACGGAAGAUUGCAAGGCGCUGGCCUAACUGUGUUGAUCCACAAUCUGGCGAAGUUAACCGUGCUGCACUUGGCAGUAUCAUUUUCAGUGACCCCAGCGCGCGUCGUGCCCUCGCACGAAUUAUGAAUUUUCCCAUUUUUCGUGCAACCAUGAAGAUGGUUAUUGGUCUGUGGUGGCAGAGCUUGCGCCAGCAGCUUAGGGGACAAGGGCCCCUCCUCGUUGUCCUCGAUGUACCGCUUCUUUAUGAAUCCAACAUUUACACAUGGCUCGUUGACCGGGUGGUAGUUGUGUCGUGUAGUGAAGAGCAACAGGUUGAGCGAAUGGCCAAACGUAACGGGCUUACGCGGGAGCAAGCACUGCAAAGGAUAAAUGCACAGAUGCCCAUAUCGGAAAAGUGCAAACGUGCCGAUCGUGUGAUACAUAACGAGGAGAGCCUUAGUGAAUUGGAACACUCCGUAGCCGACACGGUUGCUUGGAUGCAACAACAGUCAGGUGGGCGGGUGGCAUUUGCUCUGUCGGGCGCAUUGGCCGUUGGUGUUAGUUUAGGUGCUGUGGUUGUUUACUGUUGCCUCCGCAUCGUAUUCUAA